UUGACGUGUUCGACUUUUAUAAAAACAAGGUUAGUUUCAGGGUUUUGCAAAGUUUUAAAAAUUCAAAUUUGAAAAUGAAAAAUUUUAAAAUAAAAAUAUUCAUGGUCUGCAAACACUUCUUGCAUACCGUACUCAUUGCCAAAUACAGAUUAUCAAUAGAGCACACUUUCAUUCUUACUUUUUUCCGCCCAAAUUUUUCUUUUUUUUCGAGUUUUGUUUUCUUGAGGCUUCAUAAGGACUAUCAUGUCGUUUUUUUAAUUGAAGCAAGAUUUUGAAAUUCUAGGGCAGGUUCCGAAGAGCAAAUAGUGAUUGAUUCUUAUAAGCGGGGAAGUAGAUAAGGUGCAUUUUUAGGAUCUUUUCAUUUUUUGUCUAUUCAAGAAUUUUCUACCACCUCUUUUUUUGGAAAUUUCGUUUAAAAAAAUGCAGUGAAGUACAUCACAACUCUUUGUUCUUGCCUUUCCUUUUUUUUUUCGAAACAAAAAACGCGAAAGAAAAAAACAAUAGGUGCUUAAAAUUGUCUCACAGCUAGCUAAAGUGGCUGCUCCGUUAUGAAUAAUUAAAAUCGAGAAAAAGUAGAGGUAUCUAGAUAACUUCUUUUUUCCUUCUCCAGCUGCAAUAACGAAGUUUGUAGUAAUUUUCGUCUUGUAUAAAUAGAUUUUGCUGUCGCUAUGGAAAUGUAUUUAUUAAGAAAUAAUUUUUCGCCAUUUCGCUAUCGAAUUCCAUGAAUGAUCGACAGUCAAAACGACCUUUCGAUGAUUCAUUUAUAAUUACGAAACGAAACGUUUUCAAAAAAUGAAAUGAAAUGUGUGUUUUCUGUGUGCUCUUUGAGAGAAAUCGACCUUUUUCUUCUUCUCCUUCCAACAAAAGAGUGAUCUACUGAAAUUUAAUCUCAUUGCCUGUUAGUUUUUAUUUGAAAUAAGCUCAAACGAAAUGAAAGUAGCUCAAACUUUUCUUCAUCCGUCUUUUUUUUCAUGCAAUUCAAAUUUUUCGAACUUGUCUUCUCUAGACAACUCAACUCAUUUCAUCACCCCCUUCUUUACUCAAUUUCUUUUCAAGGCAAAAACGACUCCCUUGUCAAAAAUCUGUCAUUUUUCGUUUUUUUUUUCAGAGCAGCAGUGUACUGAGAGUUUUGACGAACUAAAACGGACUUUUUUGUUGGUUGGUUGGCGCAACUCGACUACUAGAACAUGUAGGUUUUUUUUCGUGGUUUUCGUAGAAACCCAUAAAUUUCACACACAUAAAAAUUAUGUAUUUUCCAAUUUUUUUAACAAGCUAUGUGUGUUAUUAUAUAUUUUAUCGUAUAUAUAAUCAAAGGUUUUGUUUAUGUUUUUUAUUUCUUCGGAGAAAUAUUUCGAAAGAAAAAGAAAAAACAAGCUCGAGCUAAGACUAAAACUUCGCAAUAUCUUUAUAUCUAGUAUAAAUAAAUAAGCUUAUAAAUAUCUGUAUAUAUAUUUUUCUUUUUCAUCCAUCCAAUAUAGCUAUUUUGCACACUGGCUGUCUUUAUCGAACAGAACAGUGAGAUGGAUGAAAAAAAAGAACAACAAAAUAUAGAAAAAAGAAAAAAAAGAGACAUGCAAAAACAACACAUGUUCAUUUAUUUACUUGUUUUUUCGAUGAAUUUUUUUGCUGUUUUCUAUGUGAAUGAAAUAGAUAUAGAAAUACGGUUCUCCUAGUUUUUAUGAAGAAUCCAUUUUUUGGGUUGUUAAUUCAUGAGCCAAGCUGAGGAGCUACAAAAUUUGGACAAUCAUUUUUCGGAAAAUUAAUGGUCCACGUUUUGAAGCUUAACAACAUCUGAUUUUUUGCGAGACCUAAACAUCGGAGAUUUUUUUGAAAUAUUUCCGAUUCAGACACCUAAAAUUUCAAUAAGAAAAAUAUUCCAAAAAAAAAUCCGGUCGUUUUCAAAAACUCUUGGCUUUCAGAUCCAUUAGUUGUUUUUGUUCUAGGAAUUUUCUCCUGAAUUCGAAAUUGUUUUUAAUGUUCAGUCCGUUUCGAUUAAAAAUUAGAUUUUUAAAUUUUCUGAUAAAAAAGGCGGGGCUUCUUCAUUCGUACGAUUAAUUUUUGUCUUGUCUCUUCAAAAAAGGAGGAGCCAGGUUCUUUUUCGGUUUUUUUCUCGUUUGAACAAAAAAGUGGUAGAAGCAAUAUAUAAUAUUUUUAUUUGAAAACAAACCAAACCAGAGGUGACAUUUCGUAUUGAAGAAACAUGCAAUUUAUUCGGGUUUUUUUUUGAGAACCAAUUUUCAUUCUUUUUUUUCGAUAUACGUUUUUUGUCUUCAAAAUUAACUGAUUCAACCAACCUCUUCUUUCUUUCCGUUAGAAGGUUUUUUUUUCAAAACCAACCCCGAAAAAAACAGAAGAAUGCUAAAUUGUUUUAUGUGUUUGGUGAGGCGUAAAAAGAGCCUUUCUCUAUAUUAUUGAGCUCUUCUCGUUUUUUUUUGCGUCCGUGGUGCGUUUUUCUCCUCUUCAUCAUUUACUUUUUAAAUACAUGUGUCUUCUUGUUGUUAUUUAUAAUGUUUUUCUCUCAUUUGUCAUCUCUCGAAGAACACAUCUAAUCCUAUUAAAUUAUUUUUUUUUGAGGAGCGAUGUAAACAUUUUCAUCGAUUUUCCAUGAUUCACAAGUUUGUUUCAUCAAAUUUUUUUAUUGCAAAAAGUUUAUUUUUUACAAAAAUUAAUUUCUGAAGGUUUUGUGUUCUUCAACUUUUUUCUGUACUCAUUGACGACAAUCGCUGGCUCCCUUUAACAAUUGAUAAGAAUAUUUAUAUGCGGUCUCUCAUUUCGACGUUUUUUAACUGUACAUGUUUGUUUGUUUGAUAUAAGCAUCUUUUAAAAGUGUAAAGAACGUAUUUUUCAAAAAUAUUCUGUUGUUAUUUUCAUUAAAUUUAAAUAUACUUUCAAUGCGGCUGGGAAUUAAUAUCGGUCUAAAAUUUAUUGAAUUUUUUGCAAAAGAUGAGAAAAUUGGCCUAGAAAACACUGAAAAAUAGGACAAAUGAAAACCUAGUCCCCGACGAAAUUUGAAAAAAAAAUGGACCUGAACCGAUUCCUUUGGUGAUCCAAUUUUUAUGAAAAAUCAGAGGGACUAGGUUUUCGUCCUAGUCCAUCUAUUUUUCAUUCAACAAUCUAUCAAACCCGUUUCAAAUUUGAUAAAAAUGUCUGUCAAUUUUUUUUUCGGAAAUAAAAUAGUUCUGGAAUCAAUCCGUUUCCUUUCUUUAUUUCUUUUUUCUUCAUCAUCACAAAAUUUCUUUCUCACAUCAAUAAAGAAAUAUUCUUCUGCUCGCACAAAACUUUGUCUGCUUUUCUCCUCCUCAUCUCUAAACAUUUUUAGAAAAAAAAGAACAUCCUUUUGAUUUUUUUCUUCUGCUUGAUGUCGAUUUUCUCAAUUAUUAUCCCACGAAGAUUUUGCGUGCGUCCGACCGAUUGACAACACAAAAAAACUCGAACACAUCAUUUGAAUAUGUGAAUCGUUAUAUUUAUUUUUUGAUAGUUUUUUGUGUCUCACAAAAAAUAUAAUAUUUCUGUUUUUUCUUCUAUGUGGGAGUGGUGUUUACUAAAAAAUAGUAUAUUAGUCAUUACCAAUCGAUAUUCAUUUAUUUUUGUUAGGUUCUCGGGAAAAACCGUGUGAAAUGCAUUAUUUCUCCCCGUCUUUAUUAGUUUUUUCCUUGUUUUUUUUUUGAAAACAAUAUAAUUGUUUUUUUUUUGCAGCACGAUGCCCCAAUAUGGAGCAUCGCUCGAAGAACUUCGCGCUUUGAUGGAAUAUCGAGGUGCCGAAGCGAAGGAAAAGAUUGAAAAUGAUUAUGGUGGAACAGCUGGAUUGUGCGAAAAAUUGAAGACAGAUCCAAAUAAUGGUGAGUUUUUCAGGGUGAAAAGGUGCGGGGAAAUGGAAAAAACAAUGAAGAUAUAUUAUUACGAAAAAUUGAAUUUAAUUGCCCUGAAUUUGCGGACCGAAUCCGAGGAAUUGGGCCAGGUCUGAAAAAAUCGGACCUGCUCCGAUUUCACACAAUCUUACAAUUAGGUUUUUGAAUUUGAGAUCAAAGAACACACAGAACGGAGAGAGCAAAAAUAUCUUAUUUUUGAAAAACUGUUUGCGCUCUCUUAUUUUUUGUGUUCUUCAUUGUUGCAUGAGUUUGUGACCACCCAAAUUCGAAUUUUCAAACUUCCGAAGUGAAUCACUUCGAAUUUUUUAUUAAAGUUUUAGAAAGUUUCGAAAUCUUCAAUACAAUAAAACCAUGAAUCAUAAUCGGAAAUGAAUCAUAUUUUUUCAGGUUUACCGAACACAGAAGAAGAACUUGAAAAUAGGCGAAAUGUAUUUGGCGCGAACGAAAUUCCACCACAUCCACCAAAAUGCUUUUUGCAAUUAGUUUGGGAAGCACUUCAGGUAAAUCUUGAUCAUAUUUAUCUGAAAAUACCACCCGGAUGCAUGUAUUUCUUGGAAAAAAAACUCAGCAAAAAUGAUAAAUUGGUUCGGAGCCUUCCGAAAAGGCUCCCAUGGGUUUUGUGCUCGCCAAGAUUUUUUUGCGCUCAUUUUUUCAUCACUAAUCUCCAUUCACUUCUUCUUCUUGCCAGCCAGCCCGCUCACACACACGAAAAACUCUGAGUUUUUGGAGCCCUCUUCGGUUUUCUUUUUUUUUUUUUGGAAAGGGGAAAAUCAUUGAAUAUGCAUGAGUGGGUGGCUGCUACGCGAAGGAAGAAAUAGGAAAAACGACUGAACUAAAACGGAUUUACACGAAAUAAGGUUUACGUAUGAACAAAAAAGGAGGAGAGAUAAUUUUAAUUGUUUUCGAGAAAAUUGGGAAAUUUUGGAUGGACAGGCUGUUAUUAAAAUUUGGGAAUCUAUAAUUUUGAUUUAUUUUUAGAACAAAAUUAUUGGAAAAAUAAUAACAGGCUGAAAUUGGACGUUUGAUUUUGGUGAAACUUGAGAAAUUGAUUACCUGGAAAAAUUGGAACCAAUCAAAAUCCAAUAUUUUUGCAGGAUGUAACACUUGUAAUUCUUCUCGUAUCUGCAAUUAUCUCAUUAGCUUUGUCAUUUUAUCGACCACCAGAAGAGGAAGGAGGCGGCGGAAAUGAUGAUGGUGAACACGAUGCUGGAUGGAUUGAAGGUGUUGCUAUUCUGAUUUCGGUUGUUGUUGUUGUUUUAGUUACUGCCUUGAACGAUUAUACCAAAGAACGUCAAUUUAGAGGUGAGUUUUUGGGUGGCAAGACUUUAAGAGAAAAUUCAUGUUUCUGUAUUUUUCUUUAACUGAAAAUUGUGCUUUGAAGUUCUAAAACUCUGUUAAAUGACUUUUCAAAUUCUGAAAUCUAGAAACAGGAUCUUUCUAAGCGAAACCAAUUUUAAAGCUCAUUUCUCAAAAUCUGAUAAUAUUUUUUGGCCAACAUUUAAAUUUAUGAGUUUUUUUAAUUGGCAGUUUUGUUCACAAUCUUUUUUUCAGGUCUCCAAGCGAAAAUCGAAACCGAACAUCGUUUCUUCGUAAUUCGUGGCGGACAAUCGAUCCAAGUUGUUGUCAACGAACUUGUUGUUGGAGAUAUCGCUCAAAUCAAAUACGGAGAUUUAUUGCCAACCGACGGAGUUUUGAUUCAAUCAAAUGACCUGAAAAUCGACGAAUCCUCAUUGACCGGAGAAUCUGAUCAAAUCCGCAAAAGCCCCGAACAUGACCCAGUUCUCCUAUCUGGAACUCAUGUUAUGGAAGGAUCUGGAAAAAUGUUGGUUACCGCUGUUGGUGUUAACUCGCAAACUGGUAUUAUUAUGACACUUCUUGGAGCGGCGAAAACUGUUGCGGAAGAGGAGAGAAAAACUGCCAAACGUGAAGGUAUUUUUUUGAAUAUUUUCAGUUUCUGGAGUACAUGAGAUUCCUUUCCCCCAAUUCCCCUGUUUUUUUUCUAGAUUAAUUUUCCCGUUAUUUACGAGCACGAGCUUGAUUAAUGUUUUAACAAGAAAAAUUCGUAGAAAAACCUUUUCUUAUGGGGUCCUCUUAUUCUUCAGAUCGACGUUCUCGUUCCUCGAUCAAAUCUCAUCAUCAACAACAAAACCACAAUAAUCAUGGUAUUUGUUUUUUUCAUUCGAACUUUCGUGAAUAUUGUGGUUGUUGAUAUUUACUUCUACUCUAUUUCUAUCUCUUUUUGAAGUGAAAUGAAAUUCUAUCGGGUUCAGAAAACACUCUGAACCACAAAAUGUUUUGAAAAAAUUAGGUUUUUUUGAAAAUUGCAUCCGUUCGUUUCUAUUUUAUCUUCUCUUCUCUAUCUUUUUUUAUCUAUCUGUUAUUUCCGGCCGUAAAAAAUGAGUCAAGUCUGUCAAGAAAAAAAAGAAGAACAUUUUUGAAUGAUCGUUGUGUUGCGGCACAUGAUGGUUGUCUUUUUCUUUUACAUCACCCUCACAUUUGUUCUGUGGUUUGGUCCCCAAAACAAAAAAAAAUUGAAUAUUUUUGUUUUGAACAUCAAAAUAAGAAAAAUAAUGUCUGAAAAGAGAAGGUCGUGGAAUCAAAAAUACGUUUUUCUGGAUAGAAAAGGAAAACUAUCAAUUUUUGUCACAAAGUAUAAUUUAUUUUUGGAUCUCACGACUUUAUCUUCAAGAAAAAUCCAAGGUUUUGAAUCAUAUUUUUGUGAUUCAAAACCUUGUAUUUCUCACUUUUUUUAAAACGAAAAGAAAACCUGAUAGUUUUGGAAUGAUGAUAUUUGUUUUAGGAGGAGAUGGAGCAAGUGGAGCCGAAGAAGGAACAGCGCAAGCACUUCUUGGUAAGUUAUUGCUUUGAUUGGCCUGAAUCCGACGAUGAUUUCAAUAUGGAUGUUGUUUAUUCAUAUAUAGAUUAGACACACUUUCUGUUGUCUCUCUCUCUUUUUUUUCUUUUUUGGCCGUUUGAUUUGAGGGCUAUUUGAAGAAUAAACACGAUUUCUUGAAAAUGAAUAAACAAGGGGACCUUUUUCGGAAUCAUUUUGAAAAUUGAUGGAAAUUUCAAACUGUAUUGAUUCCAGAAAAUAGUUCCCUUGUGAGACAGAAAACGGUAAAAUUCUGAUUCUAGAAAUAAAACAAUUGUUUACAGAUUCAAAAGGCGAAGAAGCAAUGGCAAAUGGAAAAGUUGGAUCGGCUGAAGCUGAUGGCAAAAAAGAACGAUCUGUUUUGCAAGCCAAACUUACUCGAUUGGCCAUUCAAAUUGGAUAUGCUGGUUCAUUUGUUGCUGGUUGCACAGUUCUUAUUCUUAUCAUUCGAUUCUGUAUCAAACAAUAUGCAAUCGAUGGAAAUGGUUUCAAACUCUCCGAUUUCCAAUAUUUCAUCAAUUUCCUUAUUAUCGGAGUUACUGUUUUGGUCGUCGCUGUUCCUGAAGGAUUACCACUUGCUGUCACACUUUCAUUGGCUUAUUCAGUUAAGAAAAUGAUGUUGGAUAAUAAUUUGGUCAGACAUUUGGAUGCUUGUGAAACAAUGGGAAAUGCCACCUCAAUUUGUUCGGAUAAAACUGGAACAUUGACAACAAAUCGAAUGACUGUUGUUCAAUCUUAUAUCAACGAGGUUCAUUAUAAAGAUACACCAAAAGUUGAGCAAUUGGAAGCGAAUACAGUCAAAGUUUUGCUUGAUUGUAUUUCGAUUAAUUCGAGUUAUUCAUCUCAAGUCAUUCCACCAAAACAAUUGGGAGAACAAGCGACUCAAUUGGGUAACAAAACUGAAUGUGGAAUGUUGGGAUUCGUUUUGGCUUUGGGUAAAAGUUAUCAAGAUAUUCGAGACAAACAUCCUGAAGAAACUAUUCCAAAGGUAAUAUUUUUAAAUAAAACGUUUUCCCAAUUAUCAAAUUCAUACAAUUUCUUGUGUUUAGGUCUAUACUUUCAACUCUGUUCGUAAAAGUAUGUCAACUGUUGUCAAUCUUCCUGAUGGUGGAUAUCGUGUAUUCUCAAAAGGAGCCUCUGAAAUUGUCACAAAACGAUGCAAACAUUUCCUUGGAAAGAAUGGAGUCAUCACAAAAUUCUCGCCAAAAGAUCAAGAAAAUCUUGUGCGCGAUGUAAUUGAACCAAUGGCUUCUGAUGGACUUCGUACAAUUUGUGUUGCUUAUAAAGAUUAUGUUCCAGCCAAUAAGAAAACUUCGGAUAAUCAAAUUGUUUAUACUGGAGAACCAGAUUGGGAAAAUGAAGAGCUUAUUGUUGGUGAUAUGACUGCUAUCGCGAUUUUGGGAAUUCAAGAUCCAGUUCGACCAGAAGUACCAGCUGCAAUUGUAAGAUGUCAAGAAGCUGGAAUUACUGUCAGAAUGGUUACUGGAGAUAACAUCAAUACUGCUCGAUCAAUUGCAACUGCUUGCGGAAUUUUGAAAGCUGGCGAAGAUUUUAUCGCUUUGGAAGGAAAAGAUUUCAACGCAAGAAUUCGUGAUGAAAAUGGCGAGGUUUCACAGGAAAAAUUGGACUUGAUUUGGCCAAAAUUGAGAGUUUUGGCAAGAGCUCAACCAUCCGACAAAUACACUUUGGUCAAGGGAAUUAUUGACUCAAGAGUUACUGAUUCACGAGAAGUUGUUGCUGUAACUGGAGAUGGAACUAAUGAUGGACCUGCGUUGAAGAAAGCUGAUGUUGGAUUUGCUAUGGGAAUUGCUGGAACUGAUGUUGCUAAAGAGGCUUCUGAUAUUAUUUUGACUGAUGAUAAUUUCACAUCCAUUGUCAAGGUAGGAGAAUUUCAGUGGUUCAGAGGAGGGAUAAUUUUUUUGCUGAAAAAUUGACAAAAACUUUUUGUGAUAGGAUUUCUUGAUUAUUAAAAAUAUAUAAAACUUAAUUAUUUAAAAAAUAUGCUUUUAGAAGUUUUUUAAAACAAAUUUCUGGUUUUUCGGACCUACAGAAGUUUCCGGGCUUAUUUCAGGCCUGAAUUCAGGCCUUUUGUAAAUUUACGAAAUUGGAAGAAGUCCACUUUCUGAUAAAUUUUUCAGCCAGCUAUUUUUCGGCAAAUUUUGAAUAGGACCAUAUGAAGGGGGCUCUCGGGCCAGGCUCUAUUUUUUGAGAAAAAUUCUGAAUCGGACCACUUUUUCGAAAAAUUCAAUUUUUUCGGGCCAAAAUCAAGAAAUUUUGAAAAAAAAUUGGGAAAAUUAUAAAAAGCUAACUUUCAAAAAAAGUAAUUCACCGAAUUUUUUUCCCUAAACAAUUUUCCCAUAUUUUCAGGCUGUUAUGUGGGGACGUAAUGUCUACGAUUCGAUUGCAAAAUUCUUGCAAUUCCAAUUGACAGUCAAUGUUGUCGCUGUUGUUGUUGCAUUCGUCGGAGCCUGUGCUAUCCAAGAUACUCCACUUAAAGCUGUUCAAAUGCUUUGGGUCAACUUGAUUAUGGACACUUUGGCUUCUCUCGCUUUGGCCACUGAAAUGCCAACUGAAGAAUUAUUGAAACGUAAACCAUAUGGUCGUACAGCUCCAUUGAUUUCUCGAACAAUGAGCAAAAACAUCUUGGGACACGCUAUUUAUCAACUCGUUCUUUUGUUCACUCUCAUCUUCUAUGGAGAAGUUUUGUUCUCGAUUAAAUCUGGUCGCUGGGCACCGCUUCAUUCUGAGCCAUCAGUUCAUUUCACAAUUGUCUUCAACACUUUUGUCAUGAUGACUUUGUUCAAUGAGAUCAAUGCUCGUAAAAUUCACGGAGAACGUAAUAUUUUCAAGGGAUUGUUCUCGAAUCCAAUCUAUUAUGUUAUCUGGAUUGCCACAUUCGUCUCCCAGGUUAUUAUUGUUCAAUUUGGUGGAAGAUGGUUCAGUACAGCUCCUUUGGAUGUGAAUCAAUGGUUGUGGUGUUUGGCAUUCGGAGUUGGAACUCUUCUUUGGGGACAAGUAUGUUUUGGGACACAAAUUAGGGCCGUUAGAUUAAAAAUCUUCGAAAAUGUUCAAUUCAGAAUCAUAGGCCAAUCUCAAUUUUUAGAGAGAAUUGUUUCAAAAUAAAUUUGAAAAAACCCUGUUUCAUAAGCUGAAAUAUUAUUUUUUUUCUUGUAGAUUGUAACAUCAAUCCCAACUGGAUCAUUGCCAGCAAAUAUGACUAUUGGAUCUGGCGAAGCUCCAGACAAUGAUCCACUUAUGCCAGAUUAUGAAGAUUCGGACACUCACGAGAAACGAUCGGGACAAAUCUUGUGGGUUCGCGGAUUGACUCGACUUCAAACACAGGUAUGUCAUUUUUGUUUCGAUUUUGAUUUUAUAUUUAUUUAUUUAUUUAUUUAUAUAUCAAUAAUUAUCCCCCACCUUCACCCCCUCAAACGAAUUUUUUUUUAUUUUUGAUUUUUCUCUAUCUUAUCGCCAAAAAAAAUUGAAACAGGAAAAAAAUUAGCCUUAGUUUGCUUCUUCUAUUUCUCUUUUUUUGGUUACUAGGAAAAAUUAGGAGAGAGUAAGAGACGCAGAGAAACAGAAAAGAGAGAAAAGAAUGACUGUUUUUUUGGUAGAGAAAAACUGAAAAUCUUGAGCUGUUCUCAAUGUUGCGUGCGGAGUUAUAUGGUUGAUGUGUCUUGAGAUUUUUGAACGAAAAAAAACAUUAUUCAAAAAAAAUCAAAAAACAGGUUAGGACUAGGUGAAUAAAGGAUUGUGUGUGUGUUAUUUUAGUUUAUUUUCAGUGAUUAGUUGAAUUAAUUAAUUAAUUAGUUUAAUAGUUAAUUAAUUUAUAAAAACAAGUAGAAAAAUUUAGAGCAUGAUAGAAAUUCAAAUUUUUUUGUGUAUUCUUUUGUUUCUAUUUUUCAAAAUCUUUUUUUUGUUCAGUGUCUUUUUGUGUUGUGUUUUUUGGGAUUGUUGAAGAAUCCCAACCGGAAUGUGCGUCAUUUUGUGAAACACCGUGCAAAAGUCGUUAUUUAUUCAUGUUGUGUCCUGGAAUUAUCGAAAAGUCUUUUUUUUUCAAAACAAAAAUCGAAAAAUACAAUUUACAACAAAAUACAAAAAAUAUAUUUUGCAGCGGUAUUUAUUUAUUUUUUGAGCACAACAAAACACUCCCUCUCUCACUAUUAUUUUUUUCAUAAUCGAAAUGAAGAUGCGACCGAUCGACGUGUGUUUUUAACCUUUUUUUGGGAGUUCCCUCUCCGGAAAAAAAUAUCUCCUUUUGUUCCUCUUUUAGGAUGCUGUGAUAACCCCGCUACUCGUUCCCUCAACAAGAAAUGAAAUCGCUUUUUUUUGAGGAUUUUUCUAACCUAUAUUUUAUGUGAGGCAAAACGUCUUGUUGUUUUGUCCUAACCAAAAAUUAUAUAAAUAGGGAAUUUUUUUGGAACUGGUUGAAUUUUUUAAAUUUUUCAUUUAUCGAUUUUCCAGCCAGUUCCCAAAAAAGUUCCUGAAUUCAACGCAACGCACUCAACGAAUUUCUUGUUUUGUCCUUUUUUGGCUAAUUAAAAUUCCAACAAAUUACGCAAAAUUAAAACAAUAAAACUAACAUUAUAUCAUCGCUUCUAACUCCUUCCGCGAAAACAGAAAUAUAUUCUAAUCAAUUUCGAAAACUGUGGUUGAGUUUCACUUUUCAUUUCAUUUUCUAGAAGUUUUUUUGAUAUUUUUCCGCAUGCUUCAAGUGCUGUAGUGAAUAUUCAUUUGGUAUUUAUAUUUAUUUAUUUUUUGCUGAAAGUUAUUAAUUGAAUUAAUCGAAGAAGAAGAAACAAAUUUGAGUUUUUCGUUAAUGCUUUUGCCUUUUUCUAACAUUUGGUUAUUUAGUUUCGGUUUUUUUUUUUUGAUUUUUGACUAACUUACUUUCCGAAAUGGCACACAACCUACCAACUCCGACGGUCGCAUCUAACAUUUUGAAUUGAAAGAGAGUGUUGCUCAGGUUUUUCAUGAAUUUUCUUUUUCAUAAAAAAAACGGUGAUUCUUUUUUCUUUUCUUUUUCUUUGUUUUUCAUUUUUAUUUAUUUAUCACGAUUUUUUGGGUGUCUUUUUGAAGUGGAAAAUUUUCAUACUCCAGAAUUGGCCUGGAAUUUUGAGAUCAGAUAUUCUAUGACCGAAAUUCUGAAUUUUUCAAAUUUGUAAAAAAAAUUGAAAAAUUUCAAAGUAGGUUUCGUUUCAAUCAAACAAUAAAACUCAUAAAUUUUUUAAAAUCUGAGAUUUGACAAUUUCAACUCACAAAUUCUGAAGGUUUUAGUCGUUUUCAUUUUUUUUACCAAAAUUCCUAUUUCAAAAAAAAAUGAAUUUGAAGCUUAAUUUCAAGAUUUAUCUGAUUUAUAGAAAAUCUUAUAAUUUCAUGUUUAGAAUUUGAAUUUUCAUUGAAAACUUGAAAUUCUUCAGAAGUUUUCCAGUUUUUCCACCUCUUGACUUCUUUUGGAGUAUGUUGAAAAUCUUCAAAACCACCCGAAAAUCGAAAAUAACCAUUAUUCAAACUUUUUCCAUUAUCAUUGAUAUUAUUCCAUUUUUUUCAUUUUCCUACUAACCCCUCAAUUUUCAGCUACGUGUUGUCAAAGCAUUCCGUUCUUCUCUCGAAGAAUUCGACGAGCGUCGUUCAAUUGCUUCAACCCAUUCAGUUCAAUCAAUGCGUGGCGGAUUCUGGGGAAGCGGUCGACACACAACAACUGCCGCCUCACCAGAUCCAGCUGGAAUGCGAAGCGGAAUGGCGGGUUUGGCACAUCGCCAAUCACCCCAACCAUAUCCAUAUUAUCAUCAUCAACAACCGCGAACUCCUUCGCCACAACCACACAUUGUUGUUGAGAAUGGAAACUCUGCGACUGGAGCUGGAAGUGGUGCAAAUGCUCCAACAGGAAAUGCGGCAAAUAAUGGAAAAAUGGAGAAAGUACCACUUGUACAACAAUGGUCGCCAGAUACAAAUUCCUCUUAUACACAAACUCAAAGGAGUAUCAAUAAGAGUAUGUCAUUGGACACACCGGUGUCUGUUGCUCACGUGUAAUAUGUUUUCCCCACCUAAUAUUUUGACAUUUUUUUAAUAUUUAUAUUUUGAAAUUUUCUUUUUUGGAUCUAUGAAUCUGCAGAAGAUCGGAGAAAUGUUGUGGUUUUUGGAAUUUUGAAGAAAUUAGAUUGGAAGAAGACUUCAAGAGACAUGUAUUGUCCCCAAAAACUACCACAUUUUUUCAUAUUUUCUUCGCCAGAUACAUUUAUCCUCUACCGUUCUUUUUUCUCCACAAAAUCUAAUACAGUUUUGGCUUUAUUGACGACAUCAACAUUUUGUGCUCAGCUAACAUUGUUCUCUCUUUUUUAUCUUAAAAACAUUAUAAUUUAAAAUAGUUUUCUUUUUGUGUUUUACUGGUAGUAAUUGUCAAAAAAUUCGUCAAUCGAGAAGCUUUGUUCGAAAUGUUUUAUUAUCCUCAAAGUUCUUUCGUUUUUCUUUCUCUCUCUCACUUUUUGUGCAUUUUUAGCCAAUUUAGGAUUUGAAUGUUUUUUGUUUGUGUUAGUGUUUGGUUUUUUAUCGUAUUCCGAUUUUAUCUGUUUCUUUUAAAACAUUAUUAUAUUUUAUCUUAUUUUAUGAUAUUUGAAGAUAACAAUAAAAAUAUUUUUAAAAGUUUUGCGUGUGAAUUUUAUUAACUUUGAGUUUUUGAAUUGAAAAAGGUUUUUCGAUAAUUCCAAAAUUGCAUGAAUUCCAAAAACUUUCUCCUGAUAUACACAAAUCCUUUAUUCGCCUCACCCCGCUGGUUUUAGUGAUUUUUGAGAUGUUUUUUUUCUGACAAUGAGAAACACGCAGAAAUAUUUGAAAUGGGAAAAAUUAGAUUUAACAAAAUUUGGAAAAUAAAAAAAAUCUAGGCUCGUUAAUUCAGCCUUAAAAAUCCUAAUUAAAAAAUACAGCACUAGAAAACAAUGAGAACAUUUUGGAGAAAAACCCAAAAUUCAAAAUAGCGGGCUACAAAUUUUCAUCCCCAGAAUAUUUUUUUCUGGGAAAAUGGCUUCUGAUGAAAAUUCGAACAAUUUCAUAUUUUUGCACAUUUUUCAUUCUUCCCCUCAAAAAUUCAUCACCAAUUUCCCCCGAUCGAUUAUUUUUUCAUUCAUUCAUUCAUUCAUUUUUUCACUCAUCAAAAGUGUUACAGGUUAUUGGAGGUGAAAGAUCGGAUCAUUUGAUUCCGGUUCCAUUAAGCAGUGCACCUACAGAUCAAGCAGUAAGGCCCACAAACACUAUCACACACAAAACUAGAGUCUAGUUGUUGUUUUUGGUGGUGGCGUGGUUUUUUUCUAAACUUUGAUGUUGUGUUGUGUGUUGGUGAAAUUUUGCUUCGAAAAAAUUCCCCACAUUUCGCAAUAUUUUUUGGUGUGAUGUGUGAUUUUUCAACCAAAAAAACCUUUUAACAACUUCUACCUUACAAAAACAAAAUCUCAAACAAAAUUUAUUUAUCACCUUUAAAACGCUUCUAUUCAUUAUCGUAAUAUGUUUUACUUCUGUUCUAAUUUUAGUAUUUAUUUUUAGUUAUCCAAAAAAUCAAACUAUCAAGAUUCAUAAUUUCAUUAUUUGCAGAUUCGAGUGGUGAAAGCGUUCCAAGCCGGAUUGGAUCGUAGAGAGCCGAGUUUGACUGGACAAUCGGCGGCUAGACUUAGAGAAAUUAGUAGACAACUUAGAUUGCAAGUUGAUAGUGAGAAUAGAGGUUGGUUUUUUGGGAGGAAAUGAAUUGUUGAAAAAGGCUUCGCUGUUGGAAUUUCAAGUUCCCACAAGUCAAACAUUUAUUGAAUUCCCAAACUUUAAAUUUUCAUUUUUUUUCAAAAAAAAAUUCUAGAAACAUCAGAAAUUAUUUUGUCAAAACUGAGGAUUCGGAAAAUUUUUGAAGUUCCUGAUUCUUGGAAAAAGCCGAUUUCGAGGAAUUUUAAAAUUGAAAAUUCCAGACUGAAAUAGAUAUUUCUCUUUGAAAAACUACAGCAUGUUUCAAUUGAAUUUUUAAGAAAUCACAAAAAUUUUGAAAUCCUGAAACCUGAAUUUCCAGAACACACACCUUCACCCAGAAUCCACUCAAAAAUCAAAAAAUUUUUACAGCCCGCUCAUCUUCACGAGGAAAUAUCAAAGAAACUAACAAUCUCUGA